UGAAAGCGCCGUCCAACACGUGAGGCUCAUGUGACGGAGCCGGGUCUGGCCCCAGCCGAGAGACGUGCCUGCAGUCACAGGGUUUAUUUAACACGUAGUCAAAACCCACCCAGCUCUCACACAUUCAGCCGGGCGUGGAGCCUCUCUAGACUACUGCCGAGUCCGGACCUCUGGGUGACAACAGCGCGCCGCGCACAGCUCCCGUGCACCACAGCGACAGGAUACAGGAUAUACUAUAUUAUCAACGACAGGGGAUACUUUGUUUUGUUUAUUUUUGAUCACGUUUUCAAGUGCAACUGCAGACGCAUAUUUUUAUCCUUUCAACGGAUAUCUCAAGUGUUUUAUUCGGGCUUCACAGUUAAGAGAAAUGGAGAGGAUUACCAGUGCGCAACCACCUCCGUGUAUGCCAAAACACCCAUCACUGGAUAUAGCAGACAUGCAGGGAAUGGAUUUUCCUAUGUAUGUGUACAAACCGAGGAGGGGCAUGAAGCGCGGGGAUGACAGCAAGGAGACGUACAAGUUGCCGCACAGACUGAUUGAAAAGAAAAGACGCGACAGAAUCAACGAAUGCAUUGCCCAGUUGAAGGAUUUGUUGCCAGAACAUCUUAAGCUUACAACGCUGGGUCAUUUGGAGAAAGCCGUGGUGUUGGAACUCACUCUGAAGCAUGUCAAAGCACUGAGUGCUCUCCUGGAACAGCAGCAGCAGAAAAUUAUCGCACUACAGAAUGGCCUGCAAAUCAGUGAUCAGGGUGCCGAUAAUGCCGAGAGCAGUGAGGAGAUGUUCCGCUCCGGCUUCCACUUGUGUGCAAAGGAGAUCCUCCAGUACCUGGCCAGCCAGGAAAGCAGCAGGGACUUGACCCCCUCUCAUGUCAUCAGCCACAUCCACAAGCUAGCAGCUGAGGUCCUGCAACACCGUGUCAGCCCCCACCUGGAAGAGCCCAUCCACAGAGCUCCUGAAAAGCUGGAGAGACCCGCUGGGCAACCCGCCAGGGCCUCUGAUGGUCACGCCAAGAACUGUGUGCCCGUCAUUCAAAGGACUUAUCCCCACGGGACAGGGGAGCAAAGUGGCAGUGACACGGACACUGACAGUGGCUAUGGGGGGGAGCACGAAAAACGUGACCCCAACGCUCAGCGGUCAGAAUACCACGGCAAGGAAGGGGAGCUCAAGCACGCUCUGUCAGAGAGGAUGGGUGGUGCCAUCAAGCAGGAGGGCGAUGAGCCCCAGGCCAAAAAGUCAAGGUCUGACUCCUCAGAAGAUGAGACUCUUUCUGGGCAUGUGGCAGGUGGUCCUGGCAGCUACAUGAGCUUCUCUCCCAACCAGCCCCCAUUUUGCAUGCCCUUCUACCUCAUCCCUCCCGCAGCUGCAGCAGCAGCGGCAUACCUGCCCAUGCUGGAGAAAUGCUGGUAUCCCGGCGGCAUACCUGUCAUGUACCCGGGCAUGAGUGCCUCUGCUGCUAGCUUGCCUCCAGAGACCCUCUCCUCCUCUUUGGUGAUGUCCCCCAGGGCAGGUUCCCCAGUACCCCACCAGACUCCCAUGGACUCACCCGCUCUCCUCCAAGCUUUAAAGCAGGUUCCCCCGCUGAACUUGGAAACCAAAGACUAAACAGUUUUGUUUCUGUUUGAAUACUGCCCUCUGAAUGUUAGGGAUUGGCUGACCUACUGGAAAGCAUCUAGGGAAGGGUAGGCAAACACAAAAGCACUGGUCUCCCUCCAACACUGCAGCAGUUGUUUGACCCAUUCGAUCUCUCCAUGUCUUAAAUGAGAGUGUAAACUGACUCCCACACAGAACCACCAUCAGCUCCUCAUACACUGAAAGGGGAUGAUGGGGGGCACCCUGAAGCGCUGUCCAUGUGAAGGCACACAGAUCACCUGUUGCAUGGCCCUGAAACACUGUGAAGAUGGUCAACUCAAAGAAAAGAGGAUGAGAGCGCUAGAGAUUGCGAGUGUUUCUUUUCUUUUUCUUUCUUUUUUUUUUUCCCUUUAACGCAAGGCUUCUCUGCACUUAGUGAUGAAUGUUGGAGGUAAAUCCAGAACAGAAUGUGAUGGCGCAGAUAGCCCCUGCCACCUCCCCACCCCACCCAACCAUUGAGACCUACCCUUUGCACACACGCCAGUCUUUAAUGAAUGUAAAGAUUGAACAAAAGCCCCCUGUAGAUGCUGCUUGAAUUAUUUCCUGCUGUAGAUCUGUGACUGGAGGAUCUACCUGUUGUGCAUUUGUCGCUCCUGUAACUGCAACAAGACCAUUUUUUUUUUAGACUAGAAUGUUACCAAAUAAAUGUCAAAAUAUAUUUCUCCUGUCAUCCAUCAACUACCUUGCAGCUAAAUGGACACAGCUGUUCAUUAGUGUUCAAAUAAUUCAGGGCGUUGUCACCAUACGAGGCGUGUCACUCAUUUCUUUCGAAGAGCGAUGCAGCCGUACAUGCUUUUUAGAUUUGAGUUUGUGACAGAUUACCAUUUGUGCAACUAGUUGGAGUUCCUGUGAAGUAAUGUCUUGUAAUUAUUUUGUUUAUACUACUUCUACAUCUCUAUUUUUGAUACGUGACCCACUGAGUGUAUUUGCAUUGCUACUAGAGGGAGUUUGAGGUAGUCACUCGCUGUAUGCCAAGAGAAUGUGUACAUAGCGUAAUGCUCAGCCUGAUUUGCAUCAUACCCGUAAAUUCCCGGUCAAGUUAAACCUGAUCUUAGUUCAUGCUGUUGCCUUUACUCGUUUAAAGCAGACACAAUGACGUUUAAAUGUACAUGCAUUAAAUCUUGUGUCUGUGGCAAAGAGAAGAGAGUGAAUGUAAUGUUGAAAUAAAAAUAAUAGUUUUGUAUAGAAAGAGGUACUUGGGAUUUUUAUUUUGAGAUGUAACACAAGGUCGUUUGUUGUACAUAUUUUGUCUAUAAAGUAUUGUUGAUAUAUAUUAAAAUAUUAAUAAAGCUUUUUUUCCCUGUGGAAAUAAA